UCGCGACGAUCAGUGCACACUCAUGCUACAAUAUGGUUACCUGAGACGUUAGUAGGAUCUGUCCCUGUACAGCCAACAAUGUUCUUUCCAAAAGCAGAUGCUGCAGUUCUGUCCUACAAACUCGCUCCGCCGCCAUCGUACCCGGAGGUUGUGGGACCGAUUUACGACCCACGCAACGCCGAUUCCCCAUGCCCGGCGUGGUCUCCAGAUGAACAAAAGGCCCUCUAUCCUCCCAAGGCGGAACCGUAUGCGCCAGCGACAAUCCCAGAAAAGAGACAAUGCUACUCAGAUUGUUAUCUUCGAGCUCCCUUAGCCAGGAACGAGAGGCUCCGGCUGUCUAUGCUUUGGUACUACACGCGCGACAUCUUUAAGGAAUUCGAGUUCCUCUCGGGCCUGCAGGAGAAAGUAUGCAUCGCCCAGGAGUCUACGGGGUGGGACUGUGCCAUCAUCGGCGUCCUGGACGUCAACUUCUAUAAACGCCUUGCCACGGUCGGCACACCGCUCGGGAUCCUGCCACGGGGCGAGACUCUUUGCGCGCACAUGGUCGCCCAGCCUCUUGGGAGUGUUUUCUUGCUGCCGGACAUGCGCCGAGACUGGAGGUUUGAGAAGUCACCUUACGUCGAGUACGGUGGUCUUCUUGCAUAUGCUGGUGCCCCGCUCCGACUGCAGAACGAGGAUGGUGACGCCGUGUGCCUCGGGUCGAUCUGCGUAGCCUCUACCACACCACGCGAACCCUUGACAAGAGCGCAGCAAACUACCAUAGCCCGUCUGGCCGACUGGAUUGUCUCCGACAUUGUGCAACUCACACGGGCGCGGCGCCAAAGAGAAAGACGCCGGAUGGUCGACAUGCUAGCGGCAGCGCAGGAAGAGACAGAUGACGCGGUUUCCGAGGAGCCCAUCACGCGGAUGCUGCAGACUGCAUAUCCAGGCGCCGUGAUCAGUCUGCAAACCUGCAAGGCCGGCCAUGUGGAGUUCAAGGGUCGGGACCCGGUAUCGUUGUCUGAGUUUUCAAGCCACGUGUGGGAGGAUGCUGAAUACAUCGACGACUUCAUUGCCCAGUCAAAUCACCGAGAGCUCCCUACCGACAGGGUGGUGCGUGCCAUUGCUGCACCAUGUGAGAGUGUGUCAGGACAUUCUUAUCUCGUCGUUGGGUCUAAGGACUUUCAACAGAUCUUUGACGAUAUCGACGCGUGGUUCGUACAGACUUGCGCGGUCAUUAUAUCCCAGAUGUGGCACAAGCGGCUCUUGGGAGAGGUCAUGGUCGCCAAGGAGAAAUUCCUGCGUGGUUUUUCUCACCAGUUGCGAACCCCAGUGCAUGGGAUUUUGGGCUCCGUGGAGCUGUUGGCUGAAGACCUCAAGGCACGAAAAUUGGGCGACACAGUCUCGACGACUAUGGAAUUGCUCCAGACGAACGCGAUCACCAAGACCGAUGUGGACCACGGAGUGUACCUCGACACAAUCAAGACGGCUGGACGAGACCUAAUAUCAAUCAUAAACAGCAUGAUAACGCUCAACAGGUGGGCCGAUGUCGCCAUAACAGAACGGCAGUAUGCAACAUAUACCACCUAUGAGCUCGAGGCUGAACUGGCCGCCGAAGUGCAGAAGGUGAUCUCAGGCGACACACGUUAUAACGCCUCUAUCUUUUUCAACCACAAUUUCCCACCAGAUCGCUGCAGUCUCCGAACGGACCUUGGCCUGUUGCGAGACAGCCUGCUUCCUGUCAUCGUGAAUGCGAUACAAAACACCCCAAAGGGCCUGGUCGAGAUCUCCAUAUCAGUCCAGCCAGAAUCCAAACAACUUGUCGUGGACAUCAAGGACACAGGUCACGGCAUUCCCGCCAAAGACCAUCAGCGGAUUUUUGAGCUUUACGAGCAGGUCGACGUGUAUUCGACUGGUGCCGGUUUGGGUCUGACGCUGGCAACUAGAUUCGCAGCAUUGCUCCAGGGCUCGAUCGAGCUGGUCUCAUCUGAGAUCAAUCAUGGAUCGCACUUCAGAGCUACUUUUCAAGACGUGGAACUGGAAUGUUCAGAAUCGCCUCUCCGGCCUGAGCCAGCGGUGACACAACCAGCGAACAUACCUCUACGUUUCCAUGUUGUUCCAUGCUCGAAGGCCUCGAAUUUGAGCGAUCACUUUGCCAAGUCCCUUACCUGCUACGGCUUCACUGCGUCGGAAAAUCUCGAGGACGCCCUCGCAAUUCUGGAGUUUGUAGCCGACCCGGAAGAGCAUCGCGCCAUGAUUUCGCAAUUACCGUCAGAUCGAGUCGUGCUCUGUCCAGUCCCUUUCUCGGAGGGAGAACUUGGCUUCGAUAAUACCACACAUACAAAUGUUGUCUAUGUACAUGGACCUUUUGGUGCUCGAACGUUGAGCUCGGCACUUGAGCGCGCCGACAAGGUCAUCUCGCUGUUCGAUCAAGCGGUUAAGCCUCGAGCCACGACAGAUCUUGUUGUGCUUCCAAAGCCGACCGCUUGCAUGAGCAAUGACAAGACCGAACCUGAAGGCGUACCGAAUGGUGAAUCGGAAGCAGCUGCCAGUCUCAUGGUUGACCCGAGCGGCACCCCGAAGUCUCCAGGAUGCGAAUCGGCGAGUGUGCCCAGCAGCCCGAAGCCACUCCAGGUCCACCGGACCGAGGAGGGGGUCCCGGUUGAUCCUUUGCAUUCAAGGAAAGGACAAUUACUUCAAGUUACACCGCCGGCGGAAGAUAGCCCUGCUGUUCCUGAACCCCAGAGCUCCGCGGACACGAUAGCCAAGGAUGGCCAAACCCUUUCUGAUCAAUAUCAAAAGUCUGAGCUGGCAGACAUAUUUGCCGAUCACUCAACCACCUCCAAUCCUACUGCGCUGCUGGUCGAUGACAACGCCCUAAAUCUGCAGGUCAUGCAGAUGUAUUGCAAGAAGCGCAGUCUGCCAUACCUAUGUGCGAGGGACGGCCUGGAGGCCAUAUCGGUGUUCCAAAACCGUCAAGAAUGUGCGGCGGCUGAGAAAGAGGUGUCGCCGAUCCAGCUCGUUCUGAUGGAUCUUCAAAUGCCAAUGUGCGAUGGGAUCGAAGCCACGAAACGAAUCCGGCAGCUAGAGAAGGAGAGGAAUUGGGGGCAGAGCGUCCUCUUCACCGUGACGGGUCAGGAUAGCCUUGCUGAUCGCGCGGCCGCGCGUGAUGCGGGGUCGCAGGAGUACCAUGUCAAGCCUCUCAGCAUGAAGACUCUGGACACGGGGUUGAAGCGUUAUUUUCCAUGUUUUCAGGCAGGUAAGCGGUAAGGAAAACGGUUAUUAGCAGCAUUGUACCGGUAUUUCCUUUUUAUAUGCAUGUCAUAAGGGUAGUGGUUGCAAGUAGAACGGAUAAGGGCACAUAGCAAUAGCAUAGCGUAUAGGAGUAUUGAAAUUCAAGGACUAAGAUAUACUUAGGCUGGCUCCUCUUUCUUGCCUCCUCUCCGCUGAGAGUCCCCGUCCCUUUUGAUAGACAAUUCCUUGCGCCUUCUCCGCUUCCUCGCGGCGUUAGAACGGCGUUAGAUCGGCGUUGGUCAGCUUGC